UUCGAGGAACGCAUCACCGGGGUUUAUCUCCAGCCGCGAUGCCAUCCGCGGUUGCUCAUCCGCGGGUGGGAGGAAGACGAUCCUCGCGCGGGAUCGGUAUAUAAGUAUGCCCGAUCCGAUCUGGAUACGCGCAGACCAAUUAUCGUCGUCGGUUUGGCGAUAUACGAUAUAUUUGAGUGACAUCGUUCGGAUUCUUGAUCGACGAGCACGUACGCCCGAUCAGCGAGAUGAGAUCGCUCGCCAUUGCGCUGCUGGCCGUCAUCGGUACGUGCUGUGCCGCGAGACUGGACAGCGGUUAUCUCCCGCCGAGUGGUGCCGGAAGCGCGGGUGGAGCAGGAUUCAUUCAUCCUCCGUCUUCGGGACACGGCGGAGGUGGACCCGUUAAGUACAGUGGCCCGGUCGGUUUCGGUGGUCCAGGUGCUCCCGGUGCCCCCAGUGGUCUUUACGGUGGUCCUAGCGGCCACGGUGGCUCAGGCGGAUUUGGUCCUGGGGGUGGCAGUGCUUAUACAAGUGGCGGCGGACAUGGUGGAUCGGGUGGUGGCCAUCACGGUCAGGAGAUACCCAUCAUUUCUUAUAAUAGCGAUAACGGCGGCGACGGAAACUAUCACUACAGUUAUGAAACCGGAAACGGUAUUGCCGUGCAAGAAAUGGGUCAUAAGCAAGGGGAAUCCGAAUCGGUGAGCGGAUCCUUUUCUUAUACCGGGCCCGACGGUAUGCAAUACUCGAUCACGUAUACGGCGGAUGAGUAUGGCUUUCACCCUCAAGGCGCUCACUUGCCGACUCCGCCUCCGAUUCCUCCGGAAAUUCAACGAGGCGUUGAAUUGGCUCUCGCUGCCGAAGCUAGGGGAGAGAAUCAGGACGGUGCAUAUUCGCAUGGAGGAGGCGGCGGAUAUCCCAGCGGAGGAGGUGGUUAUGGCGGCCAUGGAAGCAGCGCGUAUCAGGGACCGAGCUCGUACCAGACAAGUUCAAGCGGUGGCUACCAAUACUAGAAAGCGGAUCAGCGACAAUCACCUACGUGCAUACCAUUUUCCGUUUAUCUCGUGUACAUAACGAUAUAUCAUUCAUGCAAUUUUCUUAUUUAUACAAAGUAACUUUUAUUUAUGAAAUGUCGAUUCUCUAAUUUUUCUUGAAAUCGCUUUUAUGUACCAGCAACUUUGAUGUUCAAGUGCCUUUUACAUGUUAUAUUACUUUAAGAAGUACAUGCUCUUCAAGAGUAUAUACACAUGACAUGAUAUCUGUGUAAAUGAAAACAACUGC